AUUCUCAGUGUGAAUGAGUUUGCGGCUUCACGCGAGCGCUGUAAUGUGAAAAGCCGCAUUUGCACUAUUAGCCCUCUCACACUGAAAAAGAAAAACACGAGAGCACGUUUCUUUUCUCCUCACAGCUCUAGCCAUAUCCCGAGAGUGGAUUAACACAUUUAAGUGCUACAACCAUGUCCAGGCCAGCGGGGGGCAGUGUUAAUGAUGUCACCCGCUUCCUGUCCACGGGGGCGGGGCCUGGGUCACCAACCUCAAAGUUCUCCGCCUCCAGCCAAGCUGAUUGGGCAGCUAAGAGACUCGUAUGGGUGCCUUCAGAGAAACAUGGGUUUGAGUCUGCAAGUGUGCGCGAGGAGCGGGGCGACGAGGUGGAGGUGGAGCUUACUGAAACGGGGAAGAAAAUGACGCUUUCGAGGGAGGAGCUGCAGCGGAUGAACCCUCCCCGAUUCAGUAAAGUCGAAGAUAUGGCAGAUCUCACAUGCCUCAAUGAGGCCUCUGUCUUACACAAUCUACGAGAGAGAUACUAUUCAGGACUCAUAUAUACAUACUCCGGCCUGUUUUGUGUGGCUAUCAACCCCUAUAAGAACCUGCCCAUCUAUACAGAAUCCAUCAUAGAGAUGUAUCGUGGGAAGAAACGGCAUGAGAUGCCUCCACAUAUCUACGCCAUAUCGGAGGCGGCCUACAGGAGCAUGCUGCAAGACAGAGAAGAUCAGGCCAUUCUGUGCACUGGGGAAUCUGGUGCAGGAAAGACGGAGAACACAAAAAAAGUGAUUCAGUAUUUGGCACAUGUAGCGUCCUCACACAAGUCUGGCACUCUGGGACGGCCCAAAGACACCCUACAGAUGGAUGGCACACGCUCUCUGGGUCGUGGCAGUAGUGCUGUGAACAGGACAAUGCAGUAUGGGGAGCUGGAGAGACAAUUACUGCAAGCGAACCCCAUCCUCGAGGCCUUCGGGAAUGCCAAAACGGUCAAAAACGACAACUCUUCCAGAUUUGGCAAAUUCAUCAGGAUCAAUUUUGAUGUUGCUGGAUAUAUUGUUGGUGCUAAUAUUGAGACGUAUCUGCUGGAGAAGUCUCGAGCCAUCAGGCAGGCUAAAGAUGAGCGGACCUUUCACAUCUUCUACCAGCUCCUCUCUGGAGCUUCUGAGGCCAUGAGAAAGGAGCUUCUGCUGGGCAGCGCGGAUGAGUAUCGCUUCAUCUGCGGGGGGUCACUUCCUGUUCCGGGUCAGAGUGAUUCAGAAAACUUCACUCAGACAAUGGACUCAGUGACCAUCAUGGGAUUCACCCAGGAAGAAUCCAUAUCGAUGUUAAAGGUGAUCUCUGCAGUGCUGCAGUUUGGGAACAUCUCGUUCCACAAAGAGAAGAACACGGAUCAGGCCUCAAUGCCGGAUGACACCGCAGCACAGAAGCUCUGCCACCUGCUGGGCAUCAGUGUACUGGAGUUCAGCCGAGCCAUUCUCACUCCCCGCAUCAAAGUGGGCCGCGAGUACGUCCAGAAGGCCCAGACCAAGCAGCAGGCUGAUUUUGCGAUAGAGGCUUUGGCGAAGGCCACAUAUGAGCGUCUGUUUCGCUGGCUGGUGCACCGGAUCAACAGAGCCUUGGACCGCAGGCAGCGGCAGGGAGCCUCGUUCAUCGGGAUCCUGGACAUCGCUGGAUUUGAGAUCUUCCAGCUAAACUCCUUCGAGCAGUUGUGUAUCAACUACACUAAUGAGAAACUGCAGCAGCUGUUUAAUCACACCAUGUUUGUACUGGAGCAAGAGGAGUAUCAGCGAGAGGGCAUCGAGUGGAACUUCAUCGACUUCGGUCUGGAUCUCCAGCCCUGUAUCGACCUCAUCGAGAGACCGGCUCAUCCUCCUGGCGUGCUGGCAUUGUUGGACGAGGAGUGUUGGUUUCCGAGGGCGACCGAUCGCUCAUUUGUGGACAAACUGUCAGCUGAGCAGGGUUCACACUCAAAGUUCAUGCGGCCGCGGCAGCUUAAAGAAGAGGCCGACUUCUCCAUUGUACACUAUGCUGGCAAGGUGGACUAUAAGGCAAAUGAGUGGCUGGUGAAGAACAUGGAUCCUUUGAACGAUAAUGUGGCAUCUCUCCUGCAUCAGUCAUCUGACCCCUUCAUCUCUGAGCUCUGGAGGGAGGAUAUUCAAACUCUUCCUCGUGUGUACUUUUUUGACUCUUAUGCCACCCUGCAAACCAAUGGCUCUGACAGCAUGGAGAGGAUUGUGGGUCUGGACCAGGGGUCGUCCGGAGAGAACAGUGGACCGGUGACUUUUGGGGCCGCUGGGUUAAAGACGAAGAAGGGAAUGUUUCGCACGGUGGGACAACUCUACAAAGAGUCCCUUACUAAACUGAUGGCCACCCUCCGCAACACCAACCCCAACUUCCUGCGCUGCAUCAUCCCCAACCAUGAGAAAAAGGCAGGGAAGUUGAGUCCUCAUCUGGUUCUGGAUCAGCUGAGGUGUAAUGGUGUACUGGAGGGGAUCAGGAUCUGCAGACAGGGCUUCCCGAACCGCAUCCCAUUCCAGGAGUUCAGACAGAGGUAUGAGAUCUUGACUCCAAAUGCUAUUCCUCGAACCUUUAUGGAUGGCAAACAGGCUUGUGAGCUCAUGAUCAGUGCUUUGGAGCUGGACAAGAACCUUUUCCGGGUAGGACAGAGUAAGGUGUUCUUCCGGGCUGGAGUCCUGGCUCAUCUGGAGGAAGAACGAGACUUGAAGAUCACUGACACCAUCAUCCGCUUCCAGAGCGCGGCCCGUGGAUACCUCGCCAGGAGGGCAUUCCAUAAGAAGCAGCAGCAGCUCAGCGCUCUGCGUGUGAUGCAGAGGAACUGUGCUGCAUACCUGAAGCUCAGAAACUGGCAGUGGUGGAGACUCUUCACCAAGGUGAAGCCCUUGCUGCAGGUGACCCGUCAAGAUGAAGAGAUUCAAGCUCGGGAAACACAGCUUCAGAAAGCCAAAGACAAGCUGAGUAAACUAGAGCUUGACUUUACUGAACUGGACAAAAAAAACCAACAGCUGUUGGAGGAGAAGUCAGUGCUGACCGACCAGCUUCAGGCGGAGGCGGAGUUAUUCGCAGAGGCCGAAGAAAUGAGAGCACGGCUGGCCAGUCGCAAACAGGAGCUUGAAGAUGUGUUGGGAGAGCUGGAGAGCCGAUUGGAGGAGGAAGAGGAGAGGGCCGUUCAGAUGACCAAUGAGAAGAAGAGAAUACAGCAACAUGUGCAGGAUCUUGAAGAACAGCUAGAGGAGGAAGAGGGGACACGUCAGCGCCUCCAGCUGGAGAAAGUCACCCUGGAAAGCAAAGUGAAGAGUCUGGAGGGCGAGGUCUUGACUUUGGGGGAGCAGAGAGACAAAUUUAGCAAGGAGAAGAAACAUUUGGACGAGAGACUGAAUGAAGUGGCAGAUCAACUAACAGAGGAAGAGGAGAAGGUGAAGAGUCUUAACAAACUGAAAAACAAACAGGAAGCUGUCAUCGCUGAUUUAGAAGAGCGCCUGAAGAGGGAAGAGCAGGGUCGUCUGGAGCAGGAGAAGUGGAAGAGACGGAUGGAAGGAGAAUCAGUGGAGGCUCAAGAGCAGCUGUCUGACCUGAGCUUACUCGUCACAGAGCUGAGAGGAAGCCUGAGCCAAAGAGAGAAAGAGAUCACCACACUACAGACACGGCUGGAAGAAGAGGGGGCACGUCGUACCGAAGCUCAGAGAGCCCUGAGAGAGGCCAUGUCUCAGGUCUCGGAGUUGAAAGAGGAGGUGGACAAUGAACGAGGGAUGAGGGAGAGAGCUGAAAAACAGAGGAGAGAUCUGGCGGAGGAAUUAGAGGCUUUGAGAACUGAACUAGAAGAUACAUUGGACACUACAGCUGCUCAGCAAGAGCUCAGGUCUCGUCGUGAGGCUGAAUUAGGAGAGCUUCAGAGAUGUUUAGAGGACGAGACCCGUCGUCAUGAAGCUCAGUUGUCAGAGCUCCGCAUCAAACACACCGCUGCUAUAGAUUCCCUACAGGAGCAGCUAGACAAUGCCAAGAGAUCCCGUCAGUCUCUGGAGAAGGCGAAGGCUGUUCUGGAGGAGGAGCGAAUGAACCUGAGUGCUGAGCUGAAGACAUUACAGGGAGGGAAGAUGGAGAGCGAGAGGGGCAGAAAGAGAGCAGAGGGACAGUUACAGGAAGUCAACGCACGCCUCUUGCAGGCCGACAGAGAACGAGAGGAGCGAGAGGAACGACUCAGUAAACUCCAGUCAGAGCUUGAGUCUCUGUCCAGUUCCCUCGCCUCAUCUGACUCCAAAUCUCACCGUCUAAAUAAGGAGGUCAGCAGUCUGGAGAGCCAACUACAUGAUAUGCAGGAGUUACUGCAGGAAGAGACACGGCAGAAGUUGACGCUGGGCUCACGUGUACGUGCUCUAGAGGAAGAGAAAACUGGACUGAUGGAGAGACUAGAGGAGGAGGAGGAGAAGACCAGAGAACUUACACGCCAGAUUCAAAACCAUACACAACAGCUAUCUGAUCUGAAGAGACAGACCGAGGAAGUGAAUUCGGCAGUGGAGGUCGGGGAGGAGGCCAGGAGGAAGUUGCAGAGAGAGCUGGAGAAUGCUACACAGAGAGAGAGAGCCAAAGAAGAAGAGAAAGAACGCAUUGAGAGGCAGAAAGAACGGCUGAGAGAAGAGAUAGAGGAUAUGACCAUCGCUCUUCAGAGAGAGAGACAAAACUGCACUGCUCUGGAGAAGAGACAGAAGAAAUUUGAUCAGUGUUUGGCAGAGGAGAAGGCAGUGAGUGCUCGGCUGCUGGAGGAACGGGACCGCGCAGAAGCAGAGAGUCGAGAGAAAGAAACACGCUUCUUGUCUCUCUCUAGAGCAUUGCAGGAAGCAACAGAGCAGAGAGAUGAGCUGGAGAGAACCAAUAAGGUGCUUCGUGUGGAGAUGGAGCAGCUCGUCAACGCCCAGGAUGACGUGGGCAAAAAUGUUCAUGAGCUGGAGCGCUCUCGGAGGGCUUUGGAAACAGAGGCACAAUCUCUGAAAGAACAGACCCAAGAGCUGGAGGAUGAGCUGACAGAGGCGGAAAACGCUCGCCUCAGGCUGGAUGUCACUCUUCAGGCCCUUAGAGCUCAGUUUGAGAGAGAGAUCAGCACUAAGGAGGAGAAAGGAGAAGAAAAGAGGAGAGCACUUAACAAACAGGUGCGCGAGCUUGAAACAAUGCUUGAAGAGGAGAAGACUCAGAGAGCUCAGGCUUUGACGGUCAAGAAACAACUGGAGACCGAGCUGCAGGAGGCUGAGGCUCAGGUGGAAACAGCCAAUCGGGGCAGAGAGGAAGCACUUAGACAGAUGAAACGUCUCCAGACUCAGAUGAAGGAGCUCAUCCGUGAGCUUGACGAGACCAAGUUGGCUCGAGACGAGAUCGUCGUCCAGUCUAAGGACAGCGAGAAACGGCUGCAGACUUUGGAGGCAGAACUAUUACAGUUGACAGAGGAGCUGGCCGUUUCUGAGAGACAGCGGAGACAGGCCCAGCAGGAGAGAGACGAAAUGGCGGAUGAAAUUGUCAACACUGCAACUGCAAAAUCUGCACUGUUUGAAGAGAAGCGGCGUCUUGAGGGAAGAAUCACUCAGCUGGAGGAAGAGUUAGAGGAAGAACAAAGUAAUGCUGAACUAAUAGCCGAAAGACACAGGAAGAGCACCUUACAGGUUGAGACUCUUACAGUCCAGCUAUCUGGAGAAAGGACACUUGCACAGAAGAGCGAGAGCGCACGAGAGGCUCUGGAGAGGCAUAAUAAAGAGCUGAAGACUCGUCUCAGCGAGAUGGAGGGAACUGUGAAGGGGAAACAUCGCCUCAGCGUCGCCGCCCUGGAGGCCAAGAUAGAAUCGAUGGAGGAACAAAUGGAGCAGGAGAGACAAGAGCGAGCCGUAGCCAAUAAGCUGGUGCGGAAAACAGAGAAGAAACUGAAGGAAGUUUUGAUGCAGGUGGAGGAUGAAAGGAGACAUGCAGAUCAAUAUAGAGAGCAGUUGGAUAAGUCUAUGGGGCGUCUCCGUCAGCUGAAGAGGCAGUUAGAAGAGGUGGAGGAAGAGAACUCUCGCUCCAACGCUCAGCGCAGGAAACUACAGCGUGAGAUGGAGGAAAUGAGCGACGGCAUGCAGAGCAUGAACCGCGAGCUCAACACUCUCCGAUCCCAACUCAGCGCCACAGAACGGCAGAAGUCCGAACAGCGAGCGCCGCUCCCUAUCUCCAUGCGUGCUGGCCGCAGGGCUCUGGUGGAUGACCUUUCUCAGGAGAACUCUGAUUCUGAGGAUCCAGGUGCUUCACCCACCCCGUCCAGCGGCCCGCCGGGUACCCCCACACCCUCAGACAACGCCCUGGGACCCCCUCCCCCCUACAGCCUUACAGACGCUGAAUAAGAAGGGGGAGGAGUGAAAGAUAAACAGUUUUACUGGUUUAACUCGCAUAGCUUUUGCAAUCGUACACAUAACAGAACAUCCAUACAGUCACACAUAAACUUGAAAGUAGUUAAUGUGAUUUAUAGAUUUUAAAUAAACAGAUGAAUAAGCAUGCAAGAUGGAGAAAGUCGGAUGCAGUAUUCUUAUAGUACUGUUUAAACCAACCAAGCAGAGAGUAAGGACUGCAGUUAUAAAGUCGGGGAGAAAAAAAAACAUAUCCCAACAUUUCUUGGGAAAUAUAAGUACUGUAUAUCGGUGCAGUAUAUCAGGCUUGAUGUGGCAAAAUUAUGAUGGCCACCUCAAGUUCUCUUUUAAUCAAUCAAAAGCCAUGUGUUUAGGAGAAAUUUGCAUGUUAAUGGCAAUCAAAGGCCAUUUGGUAUUGCACAGAUGAUCCACAAUCAGGCUAAUAUGCAUCGUCUGUAGUCGCACAAGCCAUCAAACCCCUGAGAAACUUUCUCUCGCUUACUUCUAAAAUAAUGUCAUGUUUGAAGAAAUUGAGAACAGGUACAAGGAUAUCACUUUGGUAUUUUAGAAUAUCUCUGUUUUCAAUUUUAGAAGUGAUAGCUCUACUUCAGAUAAAUAAACAUCUUUGCUUUUUGUUAAACAUGAUUUGGCAAAAGAUGAUGAUUAUGGAAGCCCAUUUCCACCCCAGAGUAAAAGGAAAAAAAGGGUUUUGCUACUUUAAAUGUCACAGUUGCGACUUUGAUUCUCAUAAUUGCGACUUUAUUUCUCAAUAUUGUGGCUUUACAUUUCACAGUUGUAAGUUUGUUCCUUGAAUUUGCGACUUUAUGAAUCACAAUGUGACUUUAUAGUAAUUGCUUCCUCAAUAUUGUGACUAUAAAUCUUGCAAUUGCAAGUUUUUUUGCUAAUUGUGACUUUACAUCUCACAGUUGCAAGUUAGUGACUUAAAAUGUGACUUUAUAUCUUGUAAUUAUGUCUUUAUAUCUCAGUGGGACUACAUCUUUUCAAAUUUUCUUUCUCAAUAUCGUGACUUUACGUCUCGCAGUUGUGAGUUUGUUUCUACUAAUUGUGACUUUAUAACUCACAAUGCAGCGCAAAAUCUCGUAAUUGCGACUUUGUAUCUCACAGUGUGAAUAUUUCUUAUUUUAACUCUUUCCCUGCCAGUGUUUUUUUUAAAUUGGCAGCCAACACCAGCAUUUUUGAGCAUUUUCACAAAAAAUUCAUGUCCUCCCCCAGAGUAUUUUGUUCAAUGAAUAUCUGAACAUAAUGCACUAUAUCUAAAGGAAGGAUAGAGACUUUUAUUCUAGCUUCAUGCUUUCUAUUUCAUCAACACCUGAAUGUGGGUUUUCAUAAAAAAA